AUGUCGGACUCGGUGCUCAAAGCGAUCUUCUAUGCGAGGUUUCACGAGGAGAAAGGUCCCACAGUCUUACACCAGGUCCCUGAAGGCAGUGUCAUCCCUCUAGCAAACGCAACCCAACAGCCUCUUUUCCACUUCCCCAGCGUAUCCAACCACAUCAUUCCUCGCCGCGAAUUCUGCGAUCGCCCAUUGAGUCUGCUGGCUUCUCACCACCGCAUCAUUGGCUUUCCCGUCUGUAUACACAAUCCGGUUUUGUACCCACGCUCUGAUUUCAUCUUCAACUUUUGUCUUGUGGUUGAUGAGAAGGCGGAAUGGGGUGCUUAUGCUAGUGUGUUGUUCCCCACGAGGUCACCGCCGCCACCGAUACAGAUCUAUCAUGUUCCGCUGAGCACUGUUCGCUUCAGUAGCUUGCAGACGAAUACUUGGGAUCUUACUGUUCAGCGAAUCAUACCGUAUAUCGAUGGUAUCAAUUCUGUUCAGAAGAUUGCCGUCUUGGCCGACACAGAUUUGACACUCACUCGACGAGCAUUAGCCCAUCUGCUAUACUACGGCUGCAUCUUGAUGCUAAACACAUUCCACUUUGGAGCCAUUUACGCCCCAACAGCCGAGAUUGGCGUCUUCGUCGAGGACACAAAGAUGCAAGAUGAGUGUAGACGAUACAUCGUAACACCACACUCACCCUUCAAAACCAGCAUCACCGGUUCUUCUCCCAACACAAACGCACCCCAAGCACCUUCUUCCUCCUUCAAUCCCUCCACCAGCUUCCUCGCCAACAGAAACCACAAAAGCAGCAAUUUGAAUCCUUCCUCGUCAGUCAAUACACCCCACCCACCCUCACGAGCAACAGUACUCCAUCUCUACGCGUCUUUACGUCAAGGCCUUCCGUUGCGUGACUGGUGUCUCGCUCACGCUGCCUCUCUCGCUUACAUCGAUACCCGCCGCUUUAUCACUUUCGGCAUUAUCAAAGGCUUCCUCUACCGCAGCCACCGCUACGCCAUCGCCCUCCGUGCAGCAGAUACCGCCGCUGACGCAGCAGUCGCAGAAGAAGCCCUGCGCUCCCGCCGCGAAGCAGAAAAAACAUGGCGUAAAGCUGCUAUGAGCAGUGGAUGGCGCACCCCUGUUGCUUCACACGCCGAACCUGCUCUAGAUGGUGGGUUUGGGGGUGUGGUUGUCCGGGUCAAAAAGGAAGUAGAUGGUGAUGAUGAGGAAGUUGCUGCUGCGGAAGCUAAGAAAGAGGAAGAAGAGAAGAGUAAGAUGCUCAUAACAGCGUACUCCUUUGCCCUGAACGCCCAGUGA